AUGCUCACCCAAGUGGCCCGAGUCUCCAGGCAUGCUAUAGCAAUAGCAAGAGCAGGAGCACCACACCUCGAACCGGCGGAGAUCCUCCAUCUGUGCGGAGGAUGUAGCCGAUCCACGAGUGCGCGGGUGCGAUCUGUCUCGCUGAUCUCUCUCCCACUACGACUACCGCCACGACCUCAUCAUCACAACCACCACCACGGCCGUCAAUCCCACCACCACUGCUGUAUCCGUCAAGACAAACGCCCAUCCAGCGUCCGGCCAUUUUCCAUCUCAGCCCGCCUCAACCCUCGCUACCUAAUCUCCGAAGGCCGCACGACCAGCCCGCCGGACAAAGAACCAGAAGAACCAGCCUCGCUACGAGCGUCGCCAUUCUACCUCGAGACGGGGUAUUCGAUAUUCGCGAAACGACCGUCCCGACCAUUCCCCCCGCCGUUCGUGUCCCUCCCGUCCGGCUCCUUUUCCGACCCUCUGACCACGCACAAUGUCUCUCGCGGCCGCCGACCCUACGUCAACGGCGAGCCCGUCCGGGGAAUCACGAACGGCGACGACGCCAUCAUCAUCGCAGACAAGACCUUCCUAGCUGUCAACGACGGCGUGGGCGCAUGGGCACUGAAAGACCGAGGUCACGCCGCUCUAUGGUCACGUCUGAUCGCGCACUUCUGGGCCCGCGAGGUCAUGAAGACUUUUGAGAACGCCGAUAGCAAGGGCGAGGACGUCGACCUGGCCGAUCUGAACCCAAUCCAGAAUCUCGAGGUGGCUUAUAACGAGACCAAAGCGGCGUUGAAAGGCGGCUUGUUGAAACCACAACAGGACGGAGACCAGCGUGACAAUCAAAAUCAAACAGCGGACGAGUCAAAGUCUCAAGAGUCUAUUUCUGCCCGAACUUCCAAGGAGAAAGAGAAAGAGAAAGAAAAAGAGAAAUCCGAUGCGAACGAUAUCCUGGGGACCACCACAGCCUCGUCAGCACUCUUACACUACCGACGUCCUUCCUCUGGCUCUGCCUCUUCCAAAUCACCAACACCCGUCAUCCUCGCCACAACACUCGGCGACUGCAAAGUCCUCGUGAUCCGCCCGUCGUCCAACACCGUACUGUACCACUCGACCGAGCAAUGGCACUGGUUCGACUGUCCGCGCCAGCUGGGCACCAACUCGCCCGACACGCCGCUCGGCAACGCCGUGACCGACACGGUCGACAUCCAAGUCGGCGACGUCGUGCUAGUCCUCAGCGACGGCGUCACCGACAACCUGUGGGAACACGAGAUCUGCCACACCGUCAGCGCCAGCAUGCAGAAGUGGCAGGCCGGCGACGACGACGCCAAGGACGGGCCCGUCUACGUCGCCCGCACCUUGAUGAAUGCUGCACGGGAGAUCGCCCAGGAUCCCAAUGCCGAGUCGCCGUACAUGGAGCGCGCGUUUGACGAAGGCAUCGCCGCCGAGGGGGGGAAGUUGGAUGACAUCUCCGUCGUGCUGGGCGUGUGUCGCGCCAGAAACUUGAAUCAAGAGAUGUGA